AUGUGGAUAAAGGGUGUUAAGCAAGGGUAUUUUUUGGAUAUGAUGAUCGAAAUAUAAUGUAUGCAUUCAAAUGCUAUGAAAGAUAAUCUAAUUGUUAGCAAGCACAAGCAGAGAUUAAUGUACUUUAACAAUUUCCAAAUAAGAAACAUGUAAUAAAAUUUAUUAAUAAAUAUGUUGAUAACUAAGAUUACAUUAUCAUUUAAUUGCAAGCAUGCUAAACUAGUCUUCAGCAAAUAAUUAAUUAAAACUAAUAUUUUAGUGAAAAUACAAUCAUCAAGCUUGCUUAUGAAAUAUUUUUGGGAAUUUGUAAUAUUCAUAAUGAAAAUGUUAUAAUUUUUGAUUUGA